AUUGAUCAACAAAAAAUAUAUUUUGAUAAUUCAAGCAAUAUGUACGUUGUACCUAGUGCAAAUAUGGAUGAAUUGUAUAUUGUUGAUCUAUCAGUUGGAACGUGUACAUGUCUUGCAGUACUUGGUGAAACUCCUUGUAAAUACCAGGCUGCGGUUGCAAUUAAAUAUCAAGCAGGAUCUUUUAACUUUAUAUCUGCUCUUUCACUUAAGGAUUGUGCAACUUAUAGAUAUAUU